UAACUGAUAGACACCCUUCAAACUCCCAGAAAAAUGGCCACCAACCAAGGCCAGCCGCCGCGACAGCGAAGAGGCCGAUUGGGACUCGCGAAAAUGGCGGCCCUGAUCUUGCUGUCCCUGAUCGUGCUGGUGGGCGUGGCCGUCUUCAUCAUUUGGCUCGCCAUCCACCCGAGACGGCUGGUUUUCACCGUCGGCGACGCCUUCAUCGACCAUUACAACUUGACCAGGGACCACCUCGACGCCAGGUUCGAUUUCUCCAUACGGGCCUACAACCCGAACCGCAGGAUGUCCGUGUACUACGAUGAUAUCCACGUGACGGUGGAGUACGACGACCAGGACCUCGCGAGCAGCGUUGCCGAUCCCUUCUUUCUGUCCCACAAGAACGAGACCAAGUUGCACGUGGUGCCGCAGGCGCAGGACGUGGCCCUGGCCAGACGCGUGUCGAGGAACCUGAGGCUCGAGAGGACGUCCGGAGUGGUGCAGAUCAAGGUUCGGCUUCAGGCCAAGGUCAGGUUCAAGGUCGGGAUUUGGAAGUCGCGGCAUCGGAAGCUCAAGGUGUAUUGUGGCCCGGUGCUUGGCCUCUUCUCCAGGGCUCGGACGUUCGGGACGUCGGACUGCGACGUCGAGAUUUAGGGCGUCGCCGGUGCCGAAAAUUCGAUUCAUUCAGCUAUCCUUUCCUGGUUUUCUGCUUUAUGUUAUUCUUUUUCCCCUUCUUUUGAACGAGUGGAGUGUGACUGUUGAACAUUAUUCGUGAUUUUGUAUUCCUUGUUCUGAACGAUCGAUUGAUUGACGGUGUUUCGUGUAUAAAACAUUCCUAUUGUGUCUGCAAA